CAAGCAGCCAUGGCCGAUGUUGAAAUGGAUUCUGUGAACGACUCUGUGUCUGUUAAAGAAGAAACCACGGCGGUCGAAGAAGUGGCAGACGGAGAAGCCGAGACAGAGGUUGAGCAACAAGAUGAAGCACCCCAAGAGACAACAAAUGGCGUUAAAACUGAAACCGAAGAGGAGGUUACCGAGGAGCCUGCCCAAGAAGCCCAGGAAGCCCCAAAGGACAAACCGGAAACCGGGAAAGAGAAGUCUGGCGGCCGCAAAGGAAACCGAUACCACCCCUACAACAAGGAUAAACAAGACAAGAAGGGCGCUCACAGAAACCGAGUGUUUAUUAGCAAUAUCCCUUAUGAUAUGAAGUGGCAGGCUAUUAAAGAUCUAAUGCGAGACAAAGUCGGUGAGGUUACAUACGUGGAGCUCUUUAAGGAUGCUGAAGGAAAGUCAAGGGGUUGCGGUGUGGUUGAGUUUAAGGAUGAUGAAUUUGUGAAGAAGGCUAUCGAGGUCAUGAACAAACACGACCUGAAUGGCAGACCCCUAAACAUCAAAGAGGAUCCUGAUGGUGAGCACGCUCGUCGGGUGCUUCAGCGUGGCGGCGGCGGGGGGAUGUAUCAGGGGGGCAGAGGAGGAGGAGACGGGGGACCAAUGAACCUCCCCCCUGCCAUCGCCAACAACCCCAACAUUCCACACGAGAUCAUCAACGGCCUGCAGGCAGGAAGACUCGGCACUACCGUCUUCGUUGCCAAUCUUGAUUUCAAAGUGGGCUGGAAGAAGCUGAAGGAGGUUUUCGGCAUGGCAGGCACAGUGAAGCGGGCUGACGUGAAGGAGGAUAAGGACGGGAAGAGCCGCGGCAUGGGGACGGUCACCUUCGAGCAGUCCCUGGAAGCUGUCCAAGCCAUCUCCAUGUUCAAUGGACAAAUGCUGUUUGAUCGGCCGAUGCAUGUGAAAAUGGAUGAGAAAUCUCUUCCUGGUGAUGACUUCCGCCAGGCCGAUAAGCAGGCUCAGUUGCCACGGGGUCUUGGAGGCAUCGGUAUGGGUCUGGGCCCGGGCGGCCAGCCCAUCAACGCCAACCGUAUGGGCGGAGGAGGAGGUGGAGGAGGAGGUGGAGGUGGAGGAGGAAUGGGAGGCAUGGGACCUGGAGGUAUGGAUGGACCAGGAUACGGCAUGAACCGAAUGGGGGGAAUGGGUGGUGGCGGCUUCGGUGGAAUGGAUAACAUGGGCAACAUGGGGGGCUUUGGAGGCCGAGACAUGGGGGGCCCUAUGAGCAGAAUGGGAGACAUGUACCGCGGGUCUGGCAUGGGAAUGGAUCGUGAUUUCGGCAGGAACGACAUGUCAAUGAACCGUCCCUUUGGCGAUACCUUUGGAGGACUUGGAGGGGGAGGAAGUGGAGGAGGAAGUGGAGGAGGAGGGAUGGGUGGCUAUGGAGCAAGCAUGGGGAAUACAGGCAUGGCGGCCAUGGGGGCUGGAUUAGGUGGCGGCAUGGGUAGCAUGGGCAUGGACCGUAUCGGCGGAGGCUUUGACCGCAUGGGAGGCAGCAUGGACAUGAACCGCGGCUUCGGAGGAUUCGGCGGCGGUGGAGGCGGACACAUGGGAGGAGGGAUGUCCGACCGGGGAUCAGGGGCCAAAGGCGGCUGCCAGAUUUUUGUGAGAAAUCUUUCUUAUGACCUCACCUGGCAGAAACUGAAGGAAAAGUUCAGCCAUUGUGGUCAGGUGAUGUUUGCAGAGAUCAAGAUGGAGAACGGGCGGUCAAAAGGAUGCGGCACUGUUCGCUUCGACUCGCCAGAGAGCGCCGACACGGCCUGCCGGCUAAUGAACGGCACAAAAAUCAAUGGUCGCGAAGUGGAUGUUCGCAUCGACAGAAACGCAUAAACUCGUAAAAUCAUAGUAACAAUAGCCACCACCUGUCACCCUGUUUUUUUUGUUUUGUUUUAAAAACGCAUUUCCACAAGUUAUCCUACUGUUGUACCACAAGAUCAGUCAGUGACGCCAGUGACGCUUCAAUUACUGGAUAUGUAUAAGGUUUGUUUAUAUACGAUGAUGUUUUUCCUUUUUUGUAAACCCUUUUUAAUUUGUGGGCCACCAGUUUAUUUGAAUGACGAAAUAAACUUUUUAAUUUUUAAA